CCACUUUCCACUUUCCGCUCAUCCUUGCAAACAUUCCGGCCAACGACCUUGGUCCUUCCUAUCAUGCAGGGUGCGUUUGCCCGGCUAUGUAGCUCGAGAUUGAUAUUAGUUCCGUUUCAUUUUCGACAACAAGUUGCUAUACGCCCACUGGUACUUCAAAGACAGCAUCAUCUUCCUUCGCUGUCUACAAGAGGGCAUGGAAUUCGGUACCAUGUACGCUCAUUCGCCAGCCAAACACAGCCCACAGAAGAUUCCUCGAGCCAGAACAAGAUAUCUUCCACCUUGAAGUCAUCUAUAUCCAGACUUAGAGCAUCAUCGACUGGAACAGCCUCGUCUUUUCAGAAAAUAGUUGCGUUGGCAAAGCCGGAACGCAAACCAUUGGCGACAGCUGUUGGGCUACUGUUGGUUUCCUCAUCGGUCUCAAUGUCUAUACCGCUCCUCAUCGGAAAGUUGAUCGACUUCUUUUCCUCGACAAGCCCGCAAAUCCCUCUCGGUCUUGGUAUAUGGCAAGCUUCUGGAGUGUUGCUAGCUCUUUUUACGGUUGCUGCUGCUGCGAAUGCUGGACGUUCGUUCCUCAUGAGGAUGGCCGGUCAGCGAAUUGUUGCACGGUUGAGGGAGAGAACGUAUGCCGCGUCGCUCGUUCAAGAGGUCGAGUUCGUUGAGAAGAGUGAAGGAGAUGUCAUAAGCCGGUUGAGUGUUGACACUAGCAUUGUUGGAGAAAGUGUCACUCAGAAUCUGUCGGAUGGGCUGCGAGCCAUAGUCAUGUCGUUUGUCGGACUCGGCGCGAUGUUUUACAUUUCAACCACUUUGACGACCUUGAUGCUUUGUCUGGUUCCACCUGUUUCUCUUGGUGCAGUCUUUUAUGGCCGAUACCUCAAGAAGUUGUCCAACAAGACCCAAGAAGCAAUGGGUGAAAUGACCAAAGUAGCUUCGGAAUCGUUAGCUGCGCUACGAACGGUUCAGGCCUUCAAUGCUCAACCCCAGGAGGAGGCCAAGUUUCACGACCGCGUGAACGCCGUUCUAACACUUGUGAGGCAAGAGGCUGUAGCUACUGGGAUCUUUUUCGGGAGUACAGGGUGGAGCGGCAAUGUCACUCUCCUAGCAUUGCUAGGUUACGGUGGAUCCCUAGUUUCGCAGGGCCAUAUAUCCGUCGGUGAUUUGACGAGUCUACUAUUGUAUACAGUAUAUGUUGGUAGUGGUUUACAAAUGUUAACGUCAUUCUUUGCUUCGAUAAUGCGAGGGAUAGGCGCAGGGACACGAAUCUUCGACCUUUUGGACAGGCAACCGGCCAUUCCUCCACACGUUGGCGUCCCUGUUGCUCCCGAUCGACGAGGACCAGUACGAUUCGAACGUGUUCAGUUCGAAUAUCCAAGUCGGAAAGGAGUCGAGAUCCUGAAGGAGUUUGAUUUGGAGAUUGGAGUCGGCGAGAGUGUUGCAAUCGUUGGUAAAAGCGGUAGCGGAAAAUCAUCGGUCCAGUCACUACUUCUCCGCUAUUAUGACCCUGUGAAGGGAAAGGUCACUUUCGAUGGACAAGAUAUACGUGAAUUCUCUCUGAAAUCAUGGCGCAGCAUUAUAGGUAUCGUACCUCAAGAUCCUGUCUUAUUUACCGGCACGAUUGCGUCGAACAUCGCGUACGGCAACUCGAACGCUACAAUUGAACAAAUUGAACAAGCGGCAAGGGAAGCGAAUUGCGAAUUUGUCUGGGGGAUGCCAAAGGGAUUUGACACUGAGAUCGGACGAAUGAGCCUCAGUGGUGGUCAACGUCAGCGGUUGGCUAUUGCCCGGGCGUUACUCAAGAAGCCCGCAAUAUUAGCACUUGACGAAGCCACGAGUUCACUAGACGCAGCUUCGGAACAUCGUGUAAACGAUGCUGUGGACAAGAUACUUCGCAAAAGGCAAACUACAUGUCUAUUUGUUGCACAUAGGUUGUCUACUAUAGCACGAGCUGAAAGGAUCGUGGUACUUGAGGACGGUCAUAUCACAGAAUCGGGAACCUAUCGGCAACUGGUCAACAAACCCGAUUCCCGCUUUCGUGAACUCAUGGCUGCGCAGUUAAAUGCAACGUCUUCUAGUCCGCAGUCAACCCCACAACUAGAAGAAUCUGAUAACAACCACCCUGACGAGACUUCUCACUAACCGUACGUCCUAAUUAGAUAUAGUUAUAUGUAUACCAUCACAUUCAUAAUGUACCUCACUCGUGGAUCUUACAUCACCCUUUCAUAUCUGUUUCCCGCGAGUGCCACGA